CGGCCCCCCAGGCUGGGGCUGGGCGAGCUGGGGUUAAAAGCAGCUCCCAUGGAGCCUGUGCACUGCCGGCAACCCUGAGCGCAACCUAGGCCAGAGCACAAUGGAGCUGGAGCGGGGCCUGCUUGCUGCUGUGCUGGGGCUGCUGAGCGGGGCCUGGCUGCCUGCAGUUUCGGUGCAGCCCAGGACCCAGGCACCCCCGACGCAGCCCUGGGCCGCCUCUGACCAGCGGGGGGCACUGGCACCUGCACCCCCUGCCUGGGGCAGCUGGAAGGCCUUCCUGGGCCUGCAGGAUGGUGGGCGGUGGGGCCCAGGAGCAACAGGCCGGGCGCUGGCCCUGCCCCUGGACCCACAGGAGGUGGCCCAGGAGCGGUGCAGGGCGGUGCCCUUCGUGCAGGUGCUGACCCGGCCCAGAUGCACGACCACCCGCGUGCACAACCGCCUGUGCUUCGGCCAUUGCGCCUCCCUCUACGUGCCCGGCUCCGAAGCCAUCUUGAGCUCCUGCAACAGCUGUGUGCCCGCCCGCACGCGCCGCAUGCCCAUUGCCCUAUGGUGUGGCAUGGGUGGCCCCAGGACCCCUCGGCGGGUGAAGAUUUCCGCCGAGCUGGUAGAGGGCUGUCGAUGUGGCCCAAAGCUGUGAUGACCCUGCAGACAGACAGACAGACGACACAGACCUUGGACCUUGGACACAAGGGACAUGAGCAAGACUGGUGUUGAGAUGGGGUGCAGCUCAGUGAGAGGGCAUGAGUCCCAAUUCUAGCAUUGUUAAACAAGAGACAGAGAGAUGACACACUGCUCAUUCCAGCAUCCCGGAGGCUGAGGCAGGAGGAUGCUGUGAAUUCAAGGCCAGCCUCGCCUACACAGUGAGCUCAAGGUCAGCCUGAGCUACAUAGCAAGACCCUAUCUCAAAACAAACAAAAGACAAAACUUAAAAAACUGUAACAAGAAAAUA